AUGGCUAGCGCCGCGAUUUAUCCUCCAUCGGAGUCGGCCAAUGGUACCUCGCAUCCUCAAGAGACCAGCGACCAAGCCGGACCGGACUUUCACGAUGAUAUGAACUAUGAAAACCUGACCGGAGCGGAGGAUUCAGACCAGCACCCAACAGCCAGAUCAAAGGCAGCCAAAUCUUCUGGUAGGCCAGACCGAUCGUACUCAGCCAAGGCUAGCAGAUAUCCGGUUGAUGAUCCCAAAUACAAUGUGCACUUGCUCGACCCCUCUCCGACAUUGGAUGAUGAAUCGACCACGCCGCGAGGUCUUCCUCCAAAUUCGUUCCCUUUAAAGCCAGACGAACCUGUGCAACAAACCGCGGCACCAGCAGCAGACAGUGCUCCUGUGGCAUCGCCUCUAAGCCGCUCAAAUACCACACAAUCAACAACUUCACAGCGGAAGGAUUUCGCAUCAGACCGAUCUCCCUUGCAAAAGCUCGAAUUCACUCUCAAUGGCAUCACAAAAGAAGAAAAGCGUGCGCGGGUCCAAGAGGCUGAGAUGCGAGCCCGAGAAAGAAUUGCUCGACAAAAGGCAGAGCGAGAGCAGGCAGUUGCCGCUGCGGCUACCGCUGCUGCCGCCGUCAGCACCAAGCGAGAGCUACAACCUGAGAACAAACCCGUUCAAGAUAUACCUCGUAGCACUCGAAAGCAGGCUGUUGUUGAAGGCGCCCCGCGAGCCAAUCCAGACAUGCGCCGCCCAGAAGAAAUGUAUGCGCGUGCAGAAGCCGUUGUUCCACAGACUGCAAAGAUAGAAACCGUCCAUCGAAGAGCGGUCACCAUGAGUGGUCUAGCCAAACCUGGGCCAGCUGACGGGAACCCCCCGAUCCCGCGCUCAGGUUCCCAGCGAGGGCCUCCUAAGCCUGUGCAGAUUGCGGCUCCUAUCGCGAUAGCACCUUCAAAGACUGCCGCCAUUCUCGGUAGUGAUGAGAGGCUUGAAACGCCUCCGGCGGCUCGUGCAGCUCGCGGAAGUGUGGAGUCACAUACGAAACCGAAGAAAAACCAAUCGGUCUCAUUUGAUAUGCCGCCUCCGACACCACCACCUAUAUUCGAGUGGAAAAAUGCACCAGUUGCACACCUCGAGGUUGCGGACUUUGACUUCCAACAUAUCGAUAUGGAUCGGAGCAAGGCUUGGUGGGAGGGUGGCGGCACGUCCAACCGAAGGAAGAGCCGGGCCUUGCCAAAGAACUAUAAAACGCCGGCGCAAAAGCUAACUGGUAUUACUGAGCACAAGAACUUCCAACCAAAGCUCUUCUUACGUUGCGGCCCACUGCUACGAUACACGGGAAUCAAUAAGACUCAAGCCGACGGAGCCUCAGGCCCCAUUGAGAAGGAAACCUGGCGAGGCUCAAUUCUGAUCGUCACUAAAGAUUCUCGCUCUUCCUAUGCCACUCCGCCUACGUUACGGUUGUUCUCACAACCCAUGAAUCUUCUCCCUCCUCCCCCAGCACAGAUCAGUAAGGAAGAUGGUGUCCAACUUGCACCGGAGUAUAUCGACCCCACUGCCGGUCUCAUGAAGGUUGGACGUGAUGGAAGGCCGCUUUAUGUCAAGCCAAUCGACUACAUCGAGGAAGAGUUGGACUUGUCGGCGGUCGAGAACGAUGAUGGCAUAUAUGAGCUUUCCCCAAGCAUCAUUGAUAACGAUGGAUCCAAGCAACCCAUCCCUUCUAACCGCAUCCAUUCCGUCGAUGGAGAAACAGCGGAGCUGUACCGAGACCUCCCCGAAGAUGUCACAUUCUGGCGAUUCAAUCUGGAGAUUGACCUCAGCGGGUCGCAGCAGCGCAUUGCAUAUCGCAUCAACCAAGGGCCGGCCCUUGGCUUCUGGGUGCCUGCGAAGAACCAGCCAAUGAACAUCAUGUACCAUACUGGCAAUGGCUUUGGCACAUCUGUGGACACGAAUGCUUUCUGUGGACCAGAUCCACUUUGGCGUGACGUUUUGAAUGAGCACCAAACUCGUCCAUUUCAUGUGAUGAUUGGUGGUGGUGACCAGAUAUUCAACGACUCUGUCAUUACCGACUCUCACUUCUUCAGUGAAUGGACCAAGAUUAAGAAUCCUGCUGAGCGAUACGGAACAUCUUUCACAGCGGAGUUCCGUGCUGAGCUUGAAGACUUCUACUUGGAACGCUACGCCUCGUGGUUCUCACAAGGCCUCUACUCCCUUGCCAAUUCGCAGAUUCCCAUGGUCAACAUGUGGAACGAUCAUGAGCUCUUCGAAGGCUACGGCUCGUACAAUGAAGAUUUCAUGAAGAGUAUGGUUAUUUCAGGCUUGGGCAGAAUCGCUUUCAAAUAUUAUUUGUUGUUCCAGCAUCACAGUGUGCCUGAGGAGACGGAAGCAGAUGAGCCUAGCUGGGUGCUGGGGGCCCAGCCCGGUCCAUAUAUCGGGCAAAGGAGUCGCAACUUGUUCAUGUCGCUAGGCCACGAUAUGAUUCUCUUGGGACUGGACUGUCGCACCGAACGCACCAACGAAGAGGUUCUUAGCGAAGAAACAUGCGACCUCAUCUGGGACCGAUGCCAUCACGAAAUCAACAGGGGAGAAACGAAGCACCUUAUUGUCCUUUCCAGCGUACCGGUUGCUUAUCCUCGCGUGCCAAUGCUCAAAAACUUCAUGAAUAGCCGCAAGUCACUUGGUAAGGCGGGUAUGCUGGGGGGCCUCACCAAUCGAUCUGGAACAGUCGAAGGAGUUGAGGUCUUCGAUGACCACUGGGCUGGCAAGAAGCUUAAAGCUGAGCGAACCUACCUGAUCGAGGAUCUGCAAGAUCUUGCAGCUGAGAAGUCUAUUCGUGUCACUAUUCUAAGCGGCGAUGUUCACUUGGCUGCCAUCGGCCAGUUCUACUCCAACCCCAAGCUGGAAAUAAACAAAGACAAGGAUUACCGUUACAUGCCCAAUAUCAUAUCCUCUGCCAUUGCAGACGCGCCAGAGACAGACUUGAUCUCUGACAUGCUCAACAAACGCAACACUGUUCACCACAUGGACUCUAAUACCGACGAAGAUAUCAUCCCCAUCUUCACCCAAGACGUCGAUGGCAAGGCCCGCAAUAACAAGCGUCUUCUCCCACGCCGAAACUGGUGCUCUAUCCGAGAGAAUCUCCCAGGAACCACACCCCCGGCGACCCCAGACUCAGAAAUGACCCCUCCCACCGAGGCACGUCCCAACGUGCUCCAACGGACUCUCUCGCUAGGCCGUGGCGAUAGAGGACCUCCUCCCGCCAGUAAGCCUGGCAUCUUCCGCCGACUGUCCAAUCGGGGUCCACCACCUACGCGAACCAUGAGCAUGGGCCGAGAUAGCGGGUUCCCCAAACGACGCUCCAGCGUCGACGCUCCUCCAAUCUCCCGCCCCAACGAGAGCAGCGAUAGCUACUUUCCAGGUGCAGGACAGGGAGAGCCACAGCCGGGGCAGUUCCACCGCCGCCCAACCAACCUUAGCCAGAAAGCCACCUGGAAAUCGACCAAGCAAGGCGACGAUGGUGUUGGCACUUUCGUUGAUCUCGAAGGCGGCUUAGCCAUCACACUAAACAUGGAAAUCAGCCCGCACGACCCAUCCGGUAUCACAGUUCCAUAUAAGCUGCUAGUCCCCGCACUCAAAUAUGAGGGUACCGAGUACGACCCGCCCCCGAUGCAGGUGGUCAAGGGCUGGCGCAAGUGGCUCCGAGUGCCGCGCCGAAAGAAGAACGCGGACGCUGCGGGCAGCGAUGAAGAAGAUGAGGAGGCAUCUGACGAUUACGAAGACCAUGACACUGCUGUUAAUACCCGCGCGAAUGCGGCUGCGUCUACGUCGCAACAUUAUGACUAUGGAAGCGACGAGUCGGGGACGGAGGUGUCGCAGCGACUUCCCCCAGAUACUGUUGUAGACGCGUCUCCUGAGGACGAGGAAGACGAUUAUGAUGAGAAGGAAUAUGAACCUGUCCGGCCGCGGAAGAAGUGGUUUGGAAUGAUUUGA